UCUCUUAGAACAAAUAUUGAUAAACAACAAGUUUUUCUUAUUUCCAUAUAUACUUUAAACAAAAGAAUAAGAUGGCUUACAUUGUUUUUGCGUUUAAGGCUUUGUGUUUGUCUCUCUUGUUCAUUGUUGUUGCAAGUCGUUCCACCGUCAGACCAAAAACUUUUAAUGUCCAACGCCAUGGUUCUAAACCAGAUGGAAAAACUGAUAACGCCAACGCAUUCACAAGUGUAUGGAGCCGUGCAUGCAGAAGGAAAAGUGGAAGUAGUAAAAUUUAUGUACCAAAAGGAACAUUCUACCUCGGUGGUGUAGAGUUCGUGGGUCCAUGCAAAAAUCCUAUUGAAUUCAUUAUCGAUGGAACUUUAUUGGCUCCUGCAAAUCCUAGUGACAUUAAGCAAGACACAUGGAUCAACUUUAGGUAUAUCAACGAUCUCUCUAUCUCUGGUUCCGGUACACUUGACGGUCAAGGGAAACAGUCUUGGCCACUCAAUGACUGCCACAAAAACUCCAAUUGUCCUAAACUAGCUAUGACUAUGGGAUUUGCAUUCGUGAACAACUCGAAUAUCAAAGACAUAACAUCACUCAACAGCAAAAUGGGACACUUCAACUUCUUCUCCGUCCAUCACUUUAACAUUACUGGCGUCACUAUAACAGCUCCCGGCGAUAGUCCCAACACCGACGGUAUCAAGAUGGGUUCAUGUAGUAACAUUCACAUCUCAAACACAAACAUUGGUACUGGAGACGAUUGUAUCGCCAUUCUCUCUGGAACCACUAACCUCGAUAUCUCUAACGUUAAGUGCGGUCCCGGACAUGGGAUCAGUGUCGGAAGCUUAGGGAAAAACAAAGACGAGAAAGACGUGAAGGACUUAACAUUAAGAGACGUCAUUUUCAACGGUACAAGCGAUGGAAUUCGGAUCAAGACUUGGGAAUCUUCAGCCUCAAAAAUCCUCGUUUCGAACUUCGUAUACGAGAAUAUUCAGAUGAUUGACGUUGGAAAACCAAUCAACAUCGAUCAGAAGUACUGUCCUCACCCACCUUGUGAACAUGAGAAUAAGGGAGAGUCUCACGUUCAAAUCCAAGACCUUAAAUUAAAGAACAUAUAUGGAACGUCAAAGUACAAAGUAGCAAUGAAUCUUCAAUGCAGCAAAAGCUUUCCGUGCAAGAAUGUGGAGCUGAUUGACAUUAACAUAAAGCAUAAUGGACUCGAAGCUGGUUCUUCCACUGCGGUGUGCGAGAAUGUUGACGGUUCUGUACGUGGUAGAAUAGCAAUUUCGGUUAAAUCAACGGCGGAUGUGAAAUCAACAACAGCGACGACUGCAGCCGUGCCGAGCACUCAUCUCUUCUCUCUCUCAGUCUCUCUCGCCAUCUCCGUCAAGAUCCUCGGACAUGGUUAUGAGAUCGUAGAAGAGAAUCUUAUAUAUUUGAAACCGAAAAUCGAAGAGCUAGGAGAGGAAAGAGAAAUGUCGGGAAAACUUUGGAUUCCGAGAUUUAUCCUCAUCACUCUAGUGCUUAUUAGCUCCCGAGUUAACUCUCAAUGUGAAUUCAGUUUCACUGGACGCAACAAGGUCUUUGCUUUCAAUUUAGCUUCUUCGAUUCGAAAUUAUCCUCACGGUGUCCUCAGCGAAGAUGGGUUUUAUAGAGUGGAAGCGAACAGUACCGUGUUAUGGUUUCAGCUUUGUGAUGUGCUGAUUUUCAAUCAUGAUCCUCCUCGAUGUGUUGGUUGUGAAGAUUGUGGAGGUCCAUCACACUGUGGAACGUCAUGUAGUGCACUAGUGUCAGAAAAUGUAAGAGGGUAUGAUGUAUGCACUUCUCUAGGGCAUGCCUCAAGCACAAAAGUUGAUAUUAUUGAUAAAGAGGAUCCUGGCAAAGGCGUCAUCGUUAAAAUGUCUGGUGGGGAUAGGAACCAAAAUUGCUCACUUUCAGUUUCUGUUAUCUGCCAGAAAAAUAAAGUUGAUGUGCCACUCACUCUGGCGAAAUCUGGUACAUGUCAUUAUGCUACUCAGCUGCGACAUCCCUCCGGUUGUGCAGCAGCUAUCUCUGGCCAUAGCAGUGGAUGGGGCUGGUUUAGUACCUUACUAAUCAUUAUCUUGUGCCUGUUUGGAGCUUAUCUGCUGGGUGGUGCAGUAUAUCGGUAUUUCUCCCUUGGAAUUCGUGGCAUAGAUGUAAUCCCGAACGUGGAUUACUGGGCCACUGUACCUCACAGCAUACAGAGCUGUUUUGGCUCACUAUUUUCGAGAUUCGGGGGGUCUAGUCGUGGUCAACGAACCUCAUAUUCUCAGGUCAACUUCUGAGCAGACACAGCAUAUUCUCUGAUCCAUGGUCUGGAGACAAUUCCCCGAUCUUGCCUUGGCUCGUUCAACCAAUGUCAAACGCCGCUAGAUUGUACUAUUUUGUCCAAAAUAUGACUGCAAGUUAUAAGGUGCCUCUCCUUUUCAUCUUGUUAUGUCAUAGAUCCCUCUAGAAACAGAAGACUCUUGUUCAUUUGAUAGAAACAAUGCUAGCCAUUGCAAUGUGCGGCUUUUCCAUCUCCAGUGUUUGCUCUUUAGAAAUUGUUGUCUCGGUUUCUUGAGGCUGAUUUUGAAGUAAUGUUAACCGCUGUGUUGAUGUUUUAGACAAUUGUUAUUUCGACAAUAUUCUUGCAUACUAAAUAAAGCUUGUGUGUUGGA